UGCAGCUCUGAGCGGCAGCUGCAGGUCACCUCGCACGUGUUAACGGAAGAAACCGAAUAAAGAGCGUGAGACAAAACUGCGACAUGAGUGAGUGAGAAGAAGAAGAAGAAGAAGAAGAAGAAGAAGAAGAAGAGAGGAAAGACUAAAAUAUUAUUUUCAAGUGGUACCUGGAAGAGGACGCUGAGAGCCGCAUCACUAGGAAAUAUCUUCAAAAUGGAUCUUCAUGAUAAAGAAAUUCUCCCUGGAGAGAUUUUGCCUGUGGUGAUCAUUGGUAAUGGCCCAUCAGGGAUCUGUCUGUCAUACCUGUUGUCAGGUUACACCCCCUACCUGUCACCUGAGGCAUCGCACCCCAACCCCCUGCUGCACAGCAAGCUGGAGGAGCAGCCUCACCUGUCACUGUUGGAGCAGGAUCUGGAGUACCUGUGCGAAGGGUUGGAGGGCCGAUCAUCCAAUCCCGUGGCUGUGCUCUUUGACUCACUGCUGCUCCCCGACAGUGACUUUGGAUUGGACCACACUUCUCCGCUGGAAUGGCGUUAUGAGCCAGAGCGUGCAAUCCCUCACCUGGUGCUGGGGAAGGGUCCGCCCGGAGGAGCCUGGCAUGCUAUGGAGGGCUCCAUGCUAACUCUGAGCCUGGCUAACUGGAUGGAGCUUCCUGGACUCAAACUGAAGGACUGGAUGAGAGAGAAACGAAGAAAUGUUAGAAAUGACCGUGCCACACCAGCAGAGAUAGCCUCCUACUACCAGCACUAUGUUUCCCAGAUGUCUCUGGAGCAAAGCUUUGCAUGUGGAACCACCGUCACCACGGUAACCAGACAGCCUGGCAACCAGGAGGGAUCUCCACCCUGCUGGAGAGUGAUGGGACUGCAGCGCAGAGAGGGGGAAGAGCUGGGAGAUGGCCCUGCUGUGUCAGAGGAAGUACCUUUCUCCCUGUUGGCCCACAACGUGGUGUUGGCGACGGGAACCCACGACAUUCCAGCCAGGCUCGGCGUGGAGGGCGAGUCCCUGCCCUACGUCUGCCACUCUUUCUGGGAGCUGGAGGCAGCCAUCUCCCGCGGCGAGCUUGACCAAUCAUCAGAUCCAGUGCUGGUGGUGGGGGCGGGGCUUACAGCAGCUGAUGCUGUACUGGCUGCCCACCAUCUCAACACACCUGUCUACCACGCCUUCAGACGCUCAGUCACCGACCCCGGCCUCAUCUUUAACCAGCUUCCCAAACUGCUCUACCCAGAGUACCACAAGGUUCACCAGAUGAUGACUCAGCAGCAGUACCGGCCGAGCCCUCCACCACUGGAAAACGCCCAAAACCUCCAUGACCACUCCACUCCCUCCUCCGUCACCACCCCUUCAUCCCCCUCCUCCUACCAGGGUUACCUGAGCUUCCCACGCCACAGGGUUGUGGCGUUCCGACCCGACCAGAAGUGCAUUCUGGAGUCAGAAUCCGGCCAGCAGACGGUGGUCCAGAUCUCCAAGGCGCUAGUUCUGAUCGGCGCCCACCCCAACCUUUCCUUUCUGGGUGACAAUGGCCGUUCACUUGGCAUCAACCCCGAUGAGCCAAUCACGUGCCGGAGGAACCCCAUUGAGGUGGACCCCUUCACGAACAAAGUUGUUGCAGCAGAGGGGCCGGGCCUGUACGCCAUGGGGCCGUUAGUCGGCGAGAACUUUGUCAGGUUCCUGAAAGGAGGAGCCCUGGCUAUUGUUAGCGACCUCGCCAAGACACAGAGGGAGGGAGAGGGAGGGGAUAUGACCACAGACAGAUGGGUGGACAGACAGGUGACCGCACAGACAUAGGCGGAGGUUUGUGUUCUGGAUUGUCACAGGUUUCCUGGGACAUGAAGGUUCAGUGGACUGAAGCAAACAGAAAUACUCUGAUCUGAUCUGAAGUGAUCGAUCGAGGCCACGUUUCCAGAAAUCACAAAGUAGGGAACUCAAACACGCUGCCAACUUGUGUCAAGGCAUGAAACAGGCAACAAGUUGACUGUACAACUGGACUUGCACUGAUGUGGAUGGGUCUGAUAUGUUAUCAGAUCAACUGUAGUUCUGGUGUGGCAAAAAACCCUCCAGAUUUCAGGCAUCCUGAAGAGCAGCUUGAGACAUGCCAACAGCUGUGCUCCAACAGAAACACAGGUCAGUCAUAUGUAAGUUGGAGUAAGAAUGAGAAAGAGACACAAAGGAUGUGACGAUGCGUUCGGGUCAUCCUCGUCAUUGUAUAAAGCUUGAAAUGUUCAUAUUUAAUACCACCAAAUUGUUCUGGAAGGCACCAUCAUCACUUUAUGUGCUGCAUGUUUCACACUAAUACUUGAUACCAAUAUCUGCAUUUGAGUAUUUCAAAAGUCUGAUAUCGAUAUAUUGGCCAAUAUCCUAAUUUUAACUUAAACACACAACAUAAAGAUUUAUGAUGAUGAUCCCUUAAAUUUGCCGAUCAAUGAACUGACAUUACAGCACGAGAACUACUUUGUCAGUGCCAUCUGGUGGUCAAAAGAUGUAAUGCAGAUACUUUUGACAUUUCUGCAAAGCAGUUUUGCAUAACUCAACAAUAUAUCAUUAUAAGAUAAAAUCAGUUGAUUAUACUGCAAGUUGCAAGUUUUACACUGUUUGUCUGCAUUGCUUUUAUAACACUGCUGAUCAUGUUUGGGCUCACACAACCAAAAUAUGUGUGUAUAACCUGUAAACAUGACACAUGAUAUUUCAUACUUUAUGAGUUGAUGAGGAUGGACACAAACAGAGAUGGUGGAGAUUUAGAAGACAGAGAGAAUAGAAAUGAAAAGAGGAUUUAUAAAGAAGGAUGAGAAAAACAAUCCUUACAGUAGUUCUGCUGAGGCUUCUUAUCACUCAGAGAGCCUCGAUCACUACAGCAACUUCCUGGUUAAAGUUUAACCACUCAGCAUCACACUUGACCAAAACAGCCUCACUCUUUUUUAACAAUGUACAAUAGGGAUGAUUAACAUGUAUCUGUAGUUUAAGUGUCUAAUCUUGCAACACUACACUGUUGCAGGUCUUCACAAAACACACUAGUUUAUUCCUGCUUCUUUGUUUUUAUAUCAUUCUCCAUGUAUGUGUUUGUAUAUUAUGGAUUUUGUGAAUCUAUGGUGCUUUAUUUUGCUAUGUUCGUAUGAUUUUUAGUCAUGUAACGGGCAACUGUACCUACCUGAUAUCUUUGUAAAUCUGUAAUGAUUAUGAAAAGGUUGUAUACUUUACAAAACACGAGAAAUAUAUAUAUAUAUUUUUUAUGAUUCCUCUCACAUCAGAGAUUGAACAUUAAUAUAAUGUUGAAUGAAUGACAGAAAACCAGCACUGGUUUUAAUCCCUAUUUGCAUCGGUGUAUUGUUACCAAUGGAUGUUAUUUCCACAUUAAUCUACCACUUCUCUAACUUGUAAUAAUAACAUAAAUUAUCUUAUGUUUUUGUAUAAAAGAAGUCACAUGCAGUGCAAACUGAAAUCAUGAUGAUUUCAGCCAUAAAAUACAUUUUUCUACAUAAUGUUGAUUUUCCUUCUACUUCAUGAUGUACAUUUUUAAAAGUUUUAUUACUUCAAACUACAAGUUGUAAUUUGGCAAGAUGGUGAUAGCGUCUGACAGUAAUUCAUCAAUUAUUUAGUCCCAAUGCAAAGAAGGUUAAUUGUAAUUCAUCUUUAGAUUGUAAACAUAGUGUUACAUAUUCAGUUGCAUUUACAUGAUGCCAGUAAUUCACUUGUGCGCUUUAUUUUUGACAAAUAGCUCUUAAAAUAGAUAAAACAUAUGUUUUUGCAUUUAUUUAAGAAAAUAACUGAAUUAUUAUGCUUUUAAAAUCAGAAAUAAUAAUCUAUCUAUUUUUUCAAACUUAACUUUAGCACAGCUGUUUAUGCAUGUCGAGGCUAAACUGCUUCCAGAGUUUGUGGUCAGACAUUUAAAGAGCUGAUGAUGUCCUUUAGUUUGAUUGAGCAGGAUACUAAACCCUGAACAUCGAAAGAGUCAAAACUAAAAUCAGUUCCUUCUGUGGAUAGUUUAACCUCCAACCUGCUAACGUAAAAAAAAAAAGAGAGAGAGAGUACCUAAAGUGAUAGGUUGAUGGAUCAAGUUUGAUUUUGACCCAGUUUGAUAUUUCACUCACAAUACUUCCUGUCUGUGGCACUCAGCUCCGAGCCCACUGGUUCCCACUGAAGAUGCAAAUCCUUAAAAACGAAUCUCAAACAGGAGGGAACAGUGCAUUUUGUUGGGGACUGUUUUCAGCGGCAGAUUAAUCCACAUGUGAGUGUACGAGUGAGUAUCUGGGGCAGCAGGACGAUGUAUGUGGGACUGAGUCAAAAUAAAUUAAAGUGUGGGGGUUCAUGGUGAUGAAGGAACACGUCACCCAGUGCAACAAUGCGGCUCAUUAAAGUAUUUUUUUAAUAAUUUUGGGACAAAAAUGGAGCUCUGUGGCACAGAGAAAGAGGAAAUAUCAGACUACGGAUAGAAACUUGCGGAUAAAUUAAUUGUUGUUUUGGCCUUUUUAUGGGAUUUGUGACAAUAAGAAGCAUAUAAGAUAUCACCAGACUUUAAUAUGUUGGCAGCUUUUGCAUUUUUCUUACUUCAAUCUGACACAUUAAAUCAUUACUCUGGUCUUAAAUUAACAGCAACUUUAUGGCAUUUAAAUAUAAUAAUAUAUAAUAGUGUUGAAAAACACUGUAUUGUUUUCACUAUUAAAUACCAAAUUUCAAAAUAAAAGUAUAAAAAAACAAAACAAAAGUGAGACAAACAGUAUUCUGUACUCUGUAUUUAAUACAUAGAAGAACUCGGGCUGCAACAAACCAACCUGGUCUCAGUCCCAGUCUUGUCAGGUACUGGGGCUUGGUGAGUGGCCCAUCGGCUUCAGACGCCAACGUACAGAGACAUCCUUCAGCAGCAGUAUGAGACACCCAGGGUGGCAGCAUUUGAUGACACGUAGGGAGGGAGGGGAGGUCGAUGGGUCAAACAAACUGCAGAAUUUCACCUGACACCGCUGUUCAUGUCUUGUGUGAAACCAAAAGUCAACCAAGCAUAUUUAAUAACAAUGUAGUGUGCUAGAAUGUGUAGCAUAUCACGUGACUUUAUAUUAGAAACAAACGUACUUAUUUAAGCCAAACCAGGAUGUUUUGUUCUAAACCUAACCAUGUACUCUUGUUGCCGAAACCAAAGGAAGUGAACCUUUUACCCGUGUUAAGUUUAUUUUUUAAAGUCUGUAGACAUUUAACAAGCAGAAACUGUACAUUUCCUGUGAAAGUGGAAGUUUACUUUGAAAAGACAAAAUUCAUGUAACAAGUGUAGUCAUGAACAUCCAAAUCUGACACCGGAUGGAUGCCUAGUCAUGACGGGCCACUGACCAAGCAUCAGUAUUUGACAAGUUGGAAGUGAGAACGAUUGCAGCUCACAGUUUUAUCAAUAUUGAUCCGUUUUCUGAUUUUUCAUUUUCUCAGUUAAUUCCCAAUUAAUUGUUCUGAACAGUAAAAUUUUCCAUCACAAGUUUCCAGAGCACAAGCCGACAUAUUCAGAUCGUCCAAAACCAAAAGAUAUUUAGUUUACUAUGACAAAAGACUCGCUGAAUAACUACAUUUGAGAAGCUGUAAUUAGACGAUUUUGCGGAAAAAUGACUAAAACAACCAAAUGAUUAUCAAAACUGAUUCUUAUAAAUCUCUUGUCUUUGUGACUCAUUAAUUGGUUGGUCAUUUCAGCUCAGUCGCAGGCAGGGCUGGAGUUUUCGUCAGUUGAAGCUGUUAAAAUAAACAUCUUACAUAGUUAUUAUUUGAUAUGUGUAUUUAUUUUAUUCAACUUUAUGCCUGAAUGCCGACAGAGAACUGUGAUCUGCAAGAGCCAGCUGUGCCUUAAGACACAUCAUUCACAGAUUUUGUUUCACAGCCGAAUGAGAAUGGCUCCAUCUGAAUAUCUCUUUUGUUUUGCAGUAAAUAUCAUGUCCGGUCUUUUUUUUUUUAUCGCAACAUGUUUUGUCUUGUUUGUAUGAAUGGGGUGGUUUAUAUAUCAGAAUAAGUUUCCAUCUGUAUCAAAUCUAUGUUUUCUAUCUUCAUUUGUCUGUGGGUGUCUAUUAAAAGGACAUUUUAAGCA